AUGUCGUUCCGCGCACGCUCAAUCAAAGCUUUAAUACGCAACCGAGGUAACAGAACAGAAGGGCAGAGAAGAGUCAGGUACAGCAUCCAGACAUUAUCCGUCGGGAAUGCUCGCUGCUCGUUGUCCACACGAUUUCAGCAGGGACCAGGACAAGCACAAUAUCAUGGAGCCAGAGUUUCAGACCAGCCAGAUCACUGGAUGAAACGCGCAUCACUUUGUUUCUCUACAGUGCCAUCUGUUGAGGUGCAACCUGGCUUCUCUCCGACAGUCUCCUGGGGUUACGACGGAGAGGAAAGUGCCACACAUCCCGUCUAUUUUUCUCACAAAGCACGAGUAGUUUAUCGCCACCAGAUGGAUGGAAAUAUUAUCGAUGCCACCUGCUGACCUCUGGGCUACUUUCCCAGAAUCCCUUGCCUUGUACCUGUAGAACUCCAGAACUCUGUAGAGGAGCAUCAGACCGCUUCAUUGUGUGUAAUUCAACUGAAUCUUUUAGCAAAGAUGUCACAGUGUUUCCUCUGGCUCCUCCACCCUCUUGCCAGACCUGGCAUUCACCUGUCUUGUAGGCUACUUACUGUGUUGAAAUGAAAUGAAAUAUUUCAGGAGAGACAGAGUGAUGCAGGCCAUGUGGAAGUGAAAAAAAGGAAUGAGCUGCAUGUUGUAAAUGAAUACAAUGUAUGUGCAUUUUGUCCUGAUAUCUGGUCCUGAAUGUAUGAUUUCCUGUUGUUUUUUUAAACAGGUUUUUCAGAGGUUCAUGAUUGCGUUCAGGAAAAGGAUAACAUUUUGUACUUAUCACUGAAUUCUAAUAUAAAAUAUGUUUAGUAAUUAUUAUUAUAAUAUUUAGUUUUAUUGUUCUCUGAUUUUGUUAAAGGAGAUUGAGUCUUGAAUAAAAUAGUUUAUAGUGAAUAUAUA